GAAAAAAAACGGAAAAAAACACACAAGAGAAACAGGGAUACAGGCACAGAAGAGUAGGGAGAGGAAGGAGAUUUGCUGAUCCUCAAGGUUGUCAAAGCAGUUUUGCUGCUCUGAAUCUGCUCAGGGGAAGGGAAAGUGGAAGGCAAGAAAACAAGCACUACCAUGCCCAGAUCCACCAUGCUUUGGCCGAGCCUUGCAUGCGUUGCAGUUGCCCUCACACUGGUUUCUUCUCUCGUCGAUGCAGAUAUCUCAGUGAAUGGCAACAUGCUGCUCGGAAUGAAACAACAGGGGCUCUCUCAAUCAUCCUGCAUGCGUUUGAGGGGAGGGAACGUCGCAAUGACUACGGAGCCGGCUUCUGCUGUUGAUGCCGAUGCAAAGACCAAGAAGCAUCCUGGUUUCAUCUCUCCUAAUCGUUUGCUUGUCCGUGAGGCAACCAGCAAGGAUAACAGUAUUAUCGGACUCCACCCCGACAGGAUCCAGGAGCUCGGAUUUUUCAAUGGCGACACCAUUAAAGUGAAAGGGAGGCGGUCGAGGGAGACAGUCCUCGUGGUCGUCCCCGAUGAGUCGAUUAAGGUGGAAGAAGCACGCCUCCCCGACGUGGCUUCGAAGUAUCUCCGAGUACGAUUCCCUGGCAACAUCCCAGCUGGGAGCAAGGAUCGCAUCAAGGUCCAUGAGUUUCCGGAAAUCAAGAAUGCCAAGAGGGUCCAUGUCUUGCCAUUCAAAGACAGUGUCAAUGGGUUCGAAGGAGACCCCUUCGAGGUGUUCUUGAAGCCAUAUUUCUUUGAGAACUAUCGCCCUGUUCAUGUCGGCGAAGUGUUCCCGGUCUACAAUCAGGAGCUCGACAUGACUGUUGACUUCAAGGUCAUGCAGAUCGAUGACGAAGAAACCGAGUGGGGCAUCGUAGCGCCUGAGACAGUCGUCUACACUGAAGGCAAGCCAUUGGAGCGUGAAGAAGACCCAGCAAGGAGCUCUGAGGUUGGCUACGACGACAUCGGAGGACUCUCGAAGCAGAUCCACCUGCUGCGGGAAAUGAUAGAACUACCCCUCAGGCACCCCGCGUUCUUCACGAAGCUGGGAGUGAACCCUCCACGUGGUAUCCUCCUCUAUGGACCUCCUGGAUGCGGAAAGACGAUGGUCGGACAGGCUCUGGCGACCGAGUCGGGAGCGUUCUUCUUUCUGAUCAACGGGCCCGAGGUCAUGUCGGGCAAGGCCGGCGAGUCGGAGUCUCACCUUCGCCGAUGCUUCGAGGAGGCAGAGAAGAACCAGCCCUCGAUCAUCUGGAUCGACGAGGUGGACGUCAUCGCUCCGAAGAGAGACAAGGCCAACGGAGAAGUUGAGAAGAGGAUAGUGUCGCAGCUCCUGUCGCUCAUGGAUGGAAUCACGGCGAACAAGCAGAUCAUGGUUGUCGCCGCCACUGGCAAGCCCAACAACAUCGAUGGAGCUCUCAGGAGGUUUGGGAGGUUCUCCAAGGAGAUCGAGUUGACAUCUCCGGAUGACAAGGGCCGUUACGAGAUCCUCAAGAUCAAGACCAGGAACAUGCAGCUUGCCGACGAUGUCGACUUGCAGCAGGUGGCUCACGAUACGCAUGGAUACACGGGAGGCGAUCUUGGGCAGUUGGCAAUGGAGGCAGGUCUUGCUGCUGUGAGGGGCCAGAUGGACAAGAUCGACAUCGAUGCUGAUGAGAUUGAGAUGUCAGUGAUGAAGUCGAUCAAGAUCAGGCACAUCGACUUCCUUCAAGCCAUGCAGAAAUGUCAUCCUUCCUCCCUGCGCGACAAGGCUGUAGAGAUCCCCGAUGUCACCUGGAACGACGUUGGAGGUCUUCAGCCUCGUGGAUCAGGAGGAGGAGGAGCGGGAGAGGCUGGGGAUCGCAUUGUGAACCAGAUCCUGACAGAGAUGGACGGAGUUGGAGCGAGGAAGAACGUGAUCUGCAUCGGUGCGUCCAAUAGGCCUGACAUGCUCGACCCUGCCGUCUGCCGUCCCGGACGUCUUGAUCAGCUCGUGUACAUCCCCGUGCCCGACAAGGCAUCUCGUGUCAAGAUCUUCCAAGCCUGUCUGAGGAAGUCGCCGCUGGACCCUGCGGUAGACAUCGAUGCCAUGGCCGAGGUGACGGAAGGAUUCUCCGGCGCAGCAACAUCAGGGAGGAGCGGACCUGGAGGCCAUCAAGGCCAUGGGGUCGGGAGGAGGAGCUGCAAAACCAGCGGCAGACGAUGA